UCGGAGUCGGUAGAUACGAUAGAACGUUUCACAAGAACGGGCAUACUAGUUAAUAUAAAGAUCGAUACAUCUUACGUAGUGUUGUAUUUGUUGUUGUUGUGACCGAGAAGUUAUCCUGGGAUACGCGUUAUAUGUUCAUAUUUCCCGGACGCCGGUUAUCUCACUGAGAACAGACGACCAAGCCUCUCCAUCGACACAUCGUGCUGGAGUCUCGAACUAUUAACACAGCUUUCCGAGAGACUGUCCAUUCAACACGACGGGAAUCCUUGUCCGAGGAUAGACAGACAACAACCGCAAUAUAACAAUGAGCAGACGGCGAGGAAAUGAGGAUAAAGUUGAAGUGUUAGACGCUCCGCUAGAGAAACGAAACUGUGCGGGCUGCAAAAAGAAAAUUAAAGACCGUUAUUUGUUGAAGGCAUUAGAACAGUAUUGGCACGAAGACUGUCUGAAGUGUGCUUGCUGUGAUUGCAGAUUAGGCGAAGUAGGAUCGACGCUCUACAUCAAAGCAAAUCUUAUGCUGUGUAAAAGAGAUUACCUCAGGUUAUUCGGUACAACCGGUUACUGUGCUGCGUGUGCCAAAGUAAUCCCUGCAUUUGAAAUGGUAAUGAGGGCAAGGGACAAUGUAUACCACCUUGAAUGUUUUGCAUGUCAACAGUGCAACCACAGGUUCUGUGUUGGUGACAAAUUCUAUCUCCGAAACAAUAAAAUACUAUGCGAGGAAGAUUACGAAGACGCUAUGAUGCUGGCGAUGGGUCACUAUUUCAAACCCAGCAUGUCAAUGGUCGGGAUGACUACAGACGAGCACGGACCUCCCAUCAGCACCGUCAACGUCCACUCCACGUCAGCGAUGCCACAGCCAACAUCCGUGUAGAGUGCCACGACGUCGUUUUCAAAGUGGUUGAUUUGAUAACACACUGAGACAAAGACUGUACGAACAUUACACGUAACACCGUUAAUGAUUACUGGACGUAAAUCGACACUGACAGAGGCAACGGAAAAAUGUUCUGCCCAGUGUUACGUCACAACAGAAUUAUUUUGUACAGCCCAAAUACUUGUUUCACUAUUUCUGCCAAGUUUGACCAACACUAUUUCCAAAUACACUGACAUUUCAGAAGCACAAGUGACACUAUAUUGUAAUUGUAAGGUGAUAUAUGUAAUGGGUUUGUAAGUUUGUUGAUAAAGGUGCUGGGAACAUAUAUAAUUUUUUUAAUAAUAUUUCAACUGGACAAUGAGCCCAUGUGUUAUCUGAUAAAUAUACACGUGGUAAUGUGCUGUUGGAUAAAUGUGAUAUAGGAAAGAUAAUACGGACACAGAGGGUGCCUAACACUAGAUCGUCAUUUUCAUGUCCAAUUACGUCGCUGUGUGGCGCACUGCACGAUGAAUCACAUUUGUGAAGCUGUAUUCGUGUACCGUU